GCGCGCUAGUGCGGUCCGAGUGCUGCGAGUGGCAGUCGGUUGAUGACGGUCGCCGCGCGCGGUUGGUCGCGCUCGAGCGCGGCAUCAUGGCGCGACUUCCCUGUGCCCUACUCCUGCUCGCGACACUCGCCUCGCUCGCGCCCCUGCGCCCAGCCACCGCGCACCAUGCCCCAAUGUGUCUACUCUCUUACUGUGAGUGCACCCCCGCUGCUCACCCCUCAUGGACCACCGUCAACUGCACCGUCCCCAACGAUCAGAAAUUAGACAUAAUGGAAGGCGACUUGCCGGAUUCGACAACUGAUCUGGUGAUAACGGGUGCGGAGGCGGUGAUGUUCGGUGCCAACUCGCUGUCGCGGCUGCAGGACGCGCGCCACGUGAGACUCUCCGGGGUAAAGGUCAUCCUCAUGAGGAGGUUCGCCGCCCUCAACCUCAACGUCGUCAGCCUCUACCUCGAGAUCGAUCAUAGCGACGUAAUCAGAAUAGAAGAGAGGACGUUCAGUAGCAUAAGAGGUCCAUUAUCGGUGAUGAUCACAGAAUGUGACUACGUUUCUGUGGAAGGUACGGCCUUCUCUUGGCUACUAAUGAUGAACAUGAGCAACAUCCGGCACCUGGAGGUGGGCCCCGAGUCGUUCACGCUGGACCCCACCGCCGCCAACGUCGGCGAGCACGGACCAGGCAUGCUGAUUCAACUGAAGAAUUUGACAGUAGCUGAGUUCCCCGCGCAGACGUUCGGCUCGUCAGCGGCCGGGAUCACGAUGGACGCGGUGGAAGUCCGGGCCGUGCGCGCCGGCGCAUUCACCGCCAACACCUACACUAUUGUUAUGGCAGUCAAUAGCUCCUUCCACCUCAUCGAAGGUGACGCCUUCGCCCAGAAAUCUUUAAUCAACAACCUGCAGUUCCACGGCUGCUCAAUACAACAACUGUCGUCGAAUGCUCUACAGUCAGGUGUCACCAACCUAAACGUUUCACAUUGCAAAAUUGAAAACGUGGAGACAGGAGCCAUCAAUGCCACUUUUGCAGUCGUAGCGAUACAAGACUCAGAGUUUCAUACGUUCGAGGAAAAAGGUUUUGAAUUAUCAUCAUGGAAUAAGUUAAUAAUGGAAAGAAAUUCAUUCGACGAACUGCCUGCCCAUGCUAUCGUAGCUACAGGGACAUCCAUACAUAAAUUGGUAUUUACUGAAAACGAAAUUGAAACCGCUAACCCCGAUAGCCUUGCUUUCAUAGGACAAGCUCAUGCCAAUUUUGAACAAAAUAUAAAAUAUAGAAGCAAUUAUUUCGGGCAAGCAUGUAAUUGUAAUAUUUCUUCGUGGCUUUCGAAGGUGAUCGCUACUGAAGAUGGCCAAUACGAAGACGAAACUCUUUGCACCGUUGAUGAGUUUUUCGCGCGGUGCUUCAAUGUACCUGAACAAAACAUGGUACUGAGCAAGUUCUUAGACAGCGUGUGUACUGACAAAAUGACAAUUCAGUGUGAAGCGUUCACGAGCCAAAAUGAAGGUGAAAAGGAAAUCAAAAAUCCCCGAUUCCCGCACAAACACAAGGAGGAAGGAGGACUAACGGCUCGGAAUGCAAAAGUUAUUGGAAUUGUUAUUGUCACCUGUUUCGGAUGUGUUCUUCUGGUUAUGGUUAUAAGUUUGAUAAGGUGGAUGAGACGAAAAGGUUAUUGUGUAAAUGUAAAGAAUUUUCUAAUAUCUUCAAACUCUUCAUGUGGAGCUAUGUGUGAUAGGCUUUGUAGUUGUGGAAGAAACAGUGGAAUUGACAACGCGAGAUCCAUUUCCCAAUUAUCUGUGCACGAGUACUCGGAGAGGCACCGACUGAAUGAACCUCGCGUCCAGGAAGUGAUUCAAGAAACAGCACUACCAGACAUCUACACCGAGCAAGUAGUUCCGACAGAGGAGAAGACUACGCAAACCCUUCCCGAGGAACUUACCAAGGAACUAUUAGAAAACUUAAAGGAAAAAUUGGAGGAUCCAGAAAAUUAUGUAGAGGCACGAGAAAUGAUCGAACACCUAUACGAACUUAUUAAAGUGGAAGAAAACUGCAACGUGGAGAAUACUGCAGUAAAAAGGAACACUGACGAAAAUAUUUACGAUUUACCAUUUCAAAACACUGCGCCUCGUAUGGGUAAGAAUAAGAAAAAGAUGAUCAGUGUGGGCACAAAGACACCGUCUCUAGAACAGUUACAGCCUCUUUCCCCUUACAACAGACAAACGGCAUUAGCCCACGAGUAUUUCGAACCAAAGGAUUUCGCCGUACAUCUGUACGCUGAAAUAGCAAACUGCGACAAAGAAAAGAAGAAUUUGCUGGGUGCUAUGCCGGACGUGGUGGGCGACCAGGCCAAACCGCGCGGCCCGUACCUCCGCGCAGUACGCGACAAGAUGAACUCGAGCGCCAGCUCUAGCCCUUCUACAAAGUCGCAGAACAGUUCAAUUACUAGUCCACAACACAUGUCGUCGAUGAAAUCCGUCAAGUCCAAUGGGUCCGGAAAGAUGAUGAACAGGCCGUUGCCAGAGAAACCGGCGCCCCUGGACCCGGGCGAGGGCACCUCGUUUAAGCUCGGCUGAGGGCUCACCGCAGCCGAGCAGCGGCCCUUGUUACUGACGGAGCGGCGCCGGCGCCGGCCUCCGCGCCGCCACCGCCUGCGCCGCGUCGUGCGGCCGGACACCCUUGCUGUGGAGGAGGCGGCGCCCUGGCCGGGGGUAACACAAAUGCUUAAGCGUUUCUUUGCUGUGAUAUUUUUAAUUUUAAUUUUAUUACUCGAUAUAGUGUGAAUGCGUCAUGCCAGACAUGGUUGUAAGUUUAUUUGUAAAUAAUUUGAUGUAUAUUAAUUUAAUUUUUAAGCCUACAUCAAAGACGUGCCACAUUAUGAUUAAUUUAAUUCAAUGAGAUAUAAAUACUAUAUUUGCUUAUUGUGCGUAACCGCUGCAGCGAUGGUAAAAGAUGAAGACCAUUAGUGUUGUUCAGUUCGGCAAGCUUAAAACAAUAUUAACAUUACGUUAUUCGCCCUGCUGUGCCCGUAAUGAUUUAGUCUCUUUAAAAAAUGUUAACAACCCUAAGUCCAUUUACAUAUUACAAAAGAAGAUAUUUUUAUGAAAAAAAUAUAUAAAGCUGACCAUUUCUACAAAGUUAGACACCUUGAUUUAGAGUAAAGAGUAUUUACACAUUACCAACACAUUCGAGCUUGUAAUGUAUGUUAACGUUACUACCUGCUAUCGUCCCAAAGGUUAGUGAGUCCAUUUUGAAUCUUUAAUUUUAGAAAAAAUGUUAUGAAAAAGCUUUAUUUCUAGAUGAAAUUUUAUCUUUGAGAAAAAAUAUCCUAUUCACCUAAAUAAUUAUAUUGUCUUAUACAUCUUCAACCUAUUGUCCUGAGCUUAAAUGAAUGAUAGAUAAAACAAAAUGCCAUAUUUAAGAUUAUUAUAUACCUAUGAAACAAAAUUAUAUUAUAUGUUUAAGUAUUUAAAACGUACAGUAGUCAAAUUUUUGAUGUUACGUCAUUAUUAGAAGUUCUAUGCAAACACUGCACUUAAUUAUAAUUCAUACAAUAAUUCAGUGUCAAAUUGUUGUUUAGAAAAUUGUUUAGUCAAUAGUGUUGAUGGUUUAAAUCUUGAUGUUUUCGAUUCAAUCUCGGUGGUCAAUAUCAAUUUUCUGAAAAGCAGAACAAAAACAAAAAAAAUAUAUAGGUGAAAUACAUAUGUGUAUGAUUAUCAUGAAACAUAGAAUAAAUUACUCGUAAUCUAUCGCAGACAAGUAACUUGUAUGAGAUAUUAUAUUAUUCCAUGAUGUUAUAAUACGAAAUAAAUGUUGAAUGUGCAAA